AGUUAUUCCGCUAUUGUAGGUUGGUUAACGCUACUGUUAUAUAAAACGAAUAACAAUUUAGUAAAAGCAAGAAAAGUGUUAGUGCUAGAUUACUACGAUAGUACCACGUGAUAUUAGUAUUUAUAACAAAAUUAUUGGCAUCGCAACAAAUUAUUGGCAAUAGAAUUUUAUUAAUGACGUGUUAAUGCAAAAUUAUAAUUGAUGUAUAAAUUCAAAUAUUUGUACAACGUAAAGAAUUAUAAAGAUUGAAAUAUUUAAUAUUUCUUCUUCUUCGUUUCGAUCUCUUUUCUUUUGCUCAAGUAAAUAGCAAGCGGGAUAAAUGGGAAACGAAAAAUUCCAAUUCUCUAUAGAUCGCGGUGGCACGUUCACCGAUAUAUAUGCUAGAUGUCCUGGAGGUAAAAUCCGAGUUAUGAAAUUACUCUCGGUCGAUCCGAAUAAUUACAAUGACGCGCCGACAGAAGGUAUUCGUAGGAUAUUGGAAGAGGAAACUGGUAUUAAAAUGGAUGAUUCGGUAGAUAUUGCUAAUAUAGAAUGGAUCAGAAUGGGAACGACAGUCGCCACUAAUGCGCUAUUAGAAAGAAAAGGCGCGAAAAUGGCGCUAUUAAUAAAUAAUGGUUUCGAGGAUCUUCUAUAUAUUGGUAAUCAAUCACGGCCAAAUAUUUUUGAUUUGGAGAUAGUGAUGCCAGAAGUUUUGUACAAAUAUGUGGUCGGGAUAAAAUGUAGAGUAAUCCCCGCCCUGCCGGGAAAAUGUCACAUGGAAAAUCAAUCGUGGCGAAGGGUAAAGGGUUCUACCGGCGAAGAUUUGUUUGUUACACAAGAACUCGAUGAGGCACAAUUGAAAGAAGAUUUGAAAGAACUUCGAAAUUUGGGAAUUGAAAGUCUCGCUGUUGUUUUGAUGCAUAGCUACACUUAUGCGGAUCAUGAAAUCAGAAUCGGCGAAUUAGCUCGAGAAGCAGGUUUCUCGCAAGUGUCUCUUUCACAUAAAGUUAUGCCGAUGACUAGAAUAGUUCCUAGAGGCUUCACAGUGUGUGCAGAUGCUUAUUUGACGCCGCAUAUUAAAAAUUAUUUACAAGCCUUCUCUUCAGGAUUUAAAGACAAUUUGAAGAAUGUAAAUGUAUUGUUCAUGCAAAGCGAUGGCGGAUUAACACCUAUGAAUUCCUUUAAUGGAUCGCGUGCUAUACUUUCUGGGCCAGCUGGUGGUGUCGUGGGAUAUGCAAUGACGACUUAUGGAAAGGAGACUGAUUUACCAGUGAUUGGAUUUGAUAUGGGCGGUACAUCGACCGAUGUAAGCCGAUACGGAGGAAACUACGAGCAUGUUUAUGAGAGUACUACAGCCGGCAUCGCUAUACAAGCCCCGCAGUUGGAUGUCAAUACAGUUGCGGCGGGAGGUGGAUCGAUGCUUUUCUUCAGGUCGGGUCUUUUCGAAGUUGGACCUGAGAGUGCGGGGGCUCAUCCUGGUCCCGCGUGUUACAAGAAGGGUGGUCCACUGACAGUAACGGAUGCGAAUCUCGUACUGGGUCGCCUACUACCCGAAUACUUUCCGAAAAUUUUUGGGCCUCAGGAAAAUGAGCCGCUCGAUGUAUCUCGUACGUUGUCUAUGUUCACAGAACUUACAUACGAGAUCAAUGAAUUCUUGAAGAAGAAUGAAGCAAUGUCGGUCGAUGAAGUAGCCAUGGGAUUUAUCAGAGUCGCGAACGAGACCAUGUGUCGACCGAUCCGCGCUUUGACUCAGGCAAAGGGCCACGAUACUUCCCGUCAUGUUUUGGCUUGUUUCGGCGGUGCCGGAGGACAACAUGCCUGCGCAAUCGCUCGCUCUUUGGGCAUAAGCACGGUUUUCGUUCAUAAAUAUGCCGGUAUAUUAUCAGCUUAUGGAAUGGCAUUAGCAGAUGUUGUUGAGGAGACCCAAGAGCCGAGCGCCGAAGCUUACGAACCCGAAAGUUUUGCCCGUUUGGAUGAUCGUUUGGAUGCGAUGGAAGCCAAAGUGAGAAGCAAACUCUGUGCGCAAGGAUUCGCUGAUUCUCAAAUAAAAACGGAAUCAUUUCUACACUUACGUUACGAUGGCACCGAUUGCGCUUUAAUGUGCACUUCUGUAAAUGAGAAUUCGGAAGACACCAUUACCAGACACGGAGAUUUUCUUACUCCUUUUUUAGAAAGGUAUAAGACAGAGUUUGGUUUUACCAUACCAGGACGCAAGAUUCUGGUAAAUGAUGUAAGGGUUCGAGGAAUUGGCAAAACUGAAAUUCCGGAGGAUCCCAUAUUAUCUCCUUCACAAGCUUCUCCGAAAACUGAAAAGACUACCAUGGUAUAUUUCGAAAGCGGCUAUCAGGAAACCAGCGUCUAUCAAUUGAAUUCGUUAUCCCCUGGAGAUAUCUUACACGGUCCUGCCAUUAUCAUGGAUAGUUUGAGUACACUUUUAAUAGAGCCAGAUUGUACUGCAGAAAUCACUUGUCGUGGAGACGUAAAAAUUACGAUUGGAAAAGGUUUACAAACAAAUGUUACCACUGAACUCGAUACGAUUCAACUCAGUAUCUUUUCGCAUCGUUUUAUGAGCAUCGCCGAACAAAUGGGUCGAGUACUUCAAAGAACUUCAAUUUCCACUAAUAUUAAAGAACGAUUGGACUUCUCGUGUGCGAUUUUUGGUCCCGAUGGUGGUCUCGUUUCAAACGCACCUCAUAUCCCGGUGCAUCUAGGCGCUAUGCAAGAAACCGUGCAAUAUCAAAUGAAAGUGUUCAAGGGCGAAUUCUCACCGGGAGACGUUAUUCUCUCUAAUCAUCCGUCAGCAGGCGGUUCUCAUCUCCCAGAUUUAACAGUCAUCACACCAGUAUUUUACAAAAAUGUGCCUACGCCGGUAUUCUUCGUUGCUAGUAGAGGCCAUCACGCUGACAUCGGUGGUAUCACACCGGGUUCGAUGCCACCUCAUUCAACAAGUUUGAAUCAGGAAGGUGCUGUUUUUAAAAGUUUUCUGGUAGUACAUAAGGGCAUAUUUCAAGAAAAAGAACUGAUAGACGCUUUGAUGGCACCAGGCAAAAUACCGGGAAGUUCAGGGACACGAAACCUUUCGAACAAUAUUAGUGAUAUCAAAGCUCAAAUCGCAGCAAAUCAAAAAGGUUCACAACUGGUAAACGAACUGAUCGAUAUAUAUAGUCUACAAGUAGUUCAAGCGUACAUGGGUCACAUCCAGCGUAACGCCGAAGUUGCCGUCCGAGAAAUGUUAAAAUCGAUUGGUACGAGAAUUAAGACGCGAAGACAGAAAGAAACUGACAUUGAUGCCAUUGAUUAUCUCGAUGAUGGCAGUCCUAUCAAACUACACGUGGAUCUCGACUUAGAGAAGGGUGAAGCUAUUUUUGAUUUUUGUGGAACGGGUUAUGAAGUAUGGGGUAACUGCAACGCACCACGUGCCAUAACUUUGUCCGCGAUAAUUUAUUGUUUAAGGUGUAUGGUCGGUAGAGACAUACCAUUAAAUCAGGGCUGUUUGAAACCAGUAAAGGUAAUUAUUCCUAAAGGAUCGUUACUCGACCCUUCGGAGGGCGCCGCGGUGGUUGGCGGCAAUGUCCUGACGUCUCAGCGUAUUGUUGAUGUAAUCCUAACAGCUUUCGAAAUUUGCGCGGCCUCACAGGGUUGUAUGAAUAACGUAACCCUCGGCACCGAGGAUUGGGGUUACUACGAAACGGUUGCUGGUGGUAGUGGAGCAGGACCGACAUGGGACGGCAGAAGUGGCGUUCACACGCAUAUGACCAAUACUAGAAUCACCGAUCCAGAAAUAUUGGAACUUCGCUAUCCGGUUAUACUUCACCAAUUUUCGCUUCGACUUGGAAGUGGUGGUAAUGGGACACAUAGUGGUGGUGAUGGGGUUAUUCGUGAGAUGAUAUUUAGAGCUCCGAUGACUUUAUCAGUAUUAACCGAACGGAGGGUACAUCAUCCCCCUGGAUAUGAUGAUGGAGAGGAAGGGGCAUGUGGCUUAAACAUUUUGAUGAGAGCUGACGGCAGACGAAUCAACUUAGGUCCGAAAGCUGCCAUUCCAGUCUAUGCAGGGGAUAGAUUCAUUAUGGAAACUCCAGGUGGUGGUGGUUACGGACCCGUUAGCAAAGAAGGGCAAGCAAGAGAAUCUUUAGUUCUAUCUUCGAAAGUUUACGACUCUCGUCGUCUAACAACAAGACUUUCUUCAAAAUACGAACGUUCGAAAUCUAGUUCGAAAAGUUUGCGCAAUUUCACAGAGCGCGGAAGUCUUUUUGAAUACCGUAUGGCUCAGGAAUCCGUUUAAUAAGAUUAUAUAGUUAUUGUCAUAAGCGCGAUAAAUUCUAAUAUAAAAACACAUUCCGAAAAAGCGAAUGUGAGCAACAUUAAAUAUGGAUAUUUUCUUCUUAUUUUAAUGUUGUAUUAUAUUAUUUUAUGUAUUAAAAGAAUAUUUCAAUUAUUAUGUAUUAAUAAGCAUUUAUUUUAAUAAAGAUAUUCUCAUAUUCUA